GGAAGUGGAGGCAUUUCCGGGGUGGCCUGAAGGCCGGGGUGUUCUCCCUUCGCCCCGGGACUGGCCGGGGUGAGGCAGGCGCGGCGCAGGGUGGCGUCUGGUGCGUCUCUACCCAACAUGGCCAAGCCAACAAGCAAGGAUUCAGGCUUGAAGGAGAAGUUCAAGACUCUGCUGGGACUGGGAACCCCGAGGCCAAAUCCCAGGUCUGCAGAGGGCAAACAGACGGAGUUUAUCGUCACGGCCGAAAUCCUGAGAGAACUGAGUGUUGAAUGUGGCCUCCACAACCGCAUCCGGGUCAUAGGGCAGAUCUGUGAAGUUGCAAAGACAAAGACAUUUGAAGAGCAUGCCGUGGAGGCACUCUGGAAGGCUGUCUCGGACCUGCUGCAGCCAGAGCGGCCUCCCGAGGCCCGGCACGCAGUGCUGGCUCUGCUGAAGGCCAUCGUGCAGGGGCAGGGGGACCGCCUGGGCGUUCUCAGGGCCCUCUUCUUUAAGGCCAUCAAGGACUACCCCUCCAGUGAAGACCUCCACGAAAGGCUGGAAGUUUUCAAGGCCCUCACGGACAACGGGAGACAUAUCACGUACUUGGAAGAGGAACUGGCCGAGUUUGUCCUGCGGUGGAUGGACGUCGGCCUGUCCUCGGAGUUCCUGCUGGUGCUUGUGAACCUGGUCAAGUUUAACAGCUGCUACCUCGAUGAGUACAUCGCACCAAUGGUCCACAUGAUCUGCCUGCUGUGCGUCCAGACUGUGUCCUCCAUGGACAUAGAGGUCUCCCUGCAGGUGCUGGAUGCCGUGGUCUGCUACAACUGCCUGCCUGCCGAGAGCCUGACCCUCUUCCUUGUCACCCUGUGCCGCACCGUCAACGCCAAGGAGCUGUGUGGGCCCUGCUGGAAGCUGAUGCGCAACCUACUGGGCACCCACUUGGGCCACAGCGCCAUCUACAACAUGUGUCGCCUCAUGGAGGACAGAGCCUACAUGGAGGAUGCCCCACUGCUGAGGGGAGCUGUGUUUUUCGUUGGUAUGGCUCUUUGGGGAGCCCACCGACUCUAUUCUCUCAAGAACUCUCCGACAUCCGUGCUGCCGUCGUUUUAUGAGGCCAUGACCUGUCCUAAUGAGGUGGUGUCCUACGAGAUCGUACUGUCCAUAACCAGACUCAUCAAGAAGUACAGGAGGGAGCUCCAGGCUGUGACGUGGGACAUUCUGCUGGACAUCAUUGAACGCCUGCUUCAGCAGCUCCAGGGCCUGGGCAGCCCGGAGCUUGGAAGCCGCACCCACGACCUGCUGACCACUGUGGAAGAGCUCUGUGAUCAGAAUGAGUUCCACGGCUCCAGGGACAGAUACUUCGAGCUUGUUGAGAGAUGUGCAGACCAGAGGCCUGAGUCCUCCCUCUUAAACUUAAUAACCUACAGGGCUCAGUCGAUCCAUCCGGCCAAGGAUGGCUGGAUUCACAAUCUGCAGUCACUGAUGGAGCGAUUCUUCAGGCAUGAGUCCCGCAGUGCUGUGCGCAUCAAGGUGCUGGAUGUCCUGUCCUUCGUGCUGCUUAUCAACAGGCAGUUCUACGAGGAGGAGCUGAUAAACUCAGUGGUCAUCUCGCAGCUCUGCCACAUCCCCGAGGAUAAAGAUCACCAAGUCCGAAAGCUGGCCACCCAGCUGCUGGUCGACCUGGCUGAAGGCUGCCACACCCACCACUUCAACAGCCUGCUGGAUGUCAUUGAGAAGGUGAUUGGCCGCUCCCUGUCUCCACCCCCCGAGCUGGAGGAAAGAGACGUGGCGGCGUACUCAGCCUCCUUGGAAGACGUGAAGACAGCGGUCCUGGGGCUCUUGGUCAUCCUGCAGACCAAACUGUAUGCCUUGCCUGCCAGCCAUGCCACGCGUGUGUACGAGAUGCUUGUCAACCACAUUCAGCUGCACUAUAAGCACAGCUAUACCCUGCCCAUCGCCAGCAGCAUUCGGCUGCAGGCCUUUGACUUCCUGCUGCUGUUGCGAGCGGACUCACUGCGCCGCCUUGGCCUGCCCAACAAGGAUGGCGUCGUGAGGUUCAGCCCGUACUGCCUCUGUGACUACACGGAGCCCGAGCGGGGCUCUGAAAAGGCUGGGGGCCCCCUGUCACCCCCCACCGGGCCCCCGGGCCCAGCGCCCGCAGGCCCCACCGUGCGGCCCGGCUCACUGCCCUACUGCCCACUCUUCCGCGUCAUGCUGCGGUGUCUGAAGCAGGAGACCGACUGGAAGGUGCUGAAGCUUGUGCUCGGCAAGCUUCCCGAGUCACUGCGCUAUAAGGUCCUCAUUUUCACCUCUCCGUGCAGCGUUGACCAGCUCUCUUCUGCCCUCUGUUCCAUGCUUUCAGGCCCCAAGACCCUCGAGCGGCUCCGAGGCACCCCAGAAGGGUUCUCCAGAACCGACCUGCAUCUGGCCGUGGUUCCUGUGCUGACAGCAUUAAUUUCUUACCAUAAAUACUUGGACAAAACCAGACAGCGGGAGCUGGUGUACUGUCUGGAGCAAGGCCUCAUCCAUCGCUGUGCCAGCCAGUGCGUGGUGGCCCUGGCCACCUGCAGCGUGGAGAUGCCCGACGUCAUCAUCAAGGCGCUGCCCGUCCUGGUUGUGAAGCUCACGCACAUCUCAGCCACAGCCAGCAUGGCCAUUCCACUUCUUGAGUUCCUGUCAACUCUGGCCCGGCUGCCUCACCUCUACAGGAACUUCGCAGCAGAGCAGUACGCGAGUGUGUUUGCCAUCUCUCUGCCAUAUACCAAUCCCUCCAAGUUCAAUCAGUACAUUGUGUGCCUGGCUCAUCACGUCAUAGCCAUGUGGUUCAUCAGGUGCCGCCUGCCCUUCCGGAAGGACUUCGUUCCCUAUAUCACUAAGGGCCUGCGUUCCAAUGUCCUCCUGUCUUUUGAUGACACCCCUGAGAAGGACAGCUUCAGAGCGCGGAGCACUAGUCUCAAUGAAAGGCCCAAGAGUUUGAGGAUAGCCAGAGCCCCCAAACAAGGCCUGAAUGGCUCCCCACCUGUGAAAGAGUUCAAGGAGAGCUCUGCAGCCGAUGCCUUCCGGUGCCGCAGCAUCAGUGUGUCUGAACAUGUGGUCCGCAGGAUCCAGACGUCCCUCACAGGGGCCAGCUUGGGGUCCGCAGAUGAGAACUCCAUGGCCCAGGCUGACGACAACUUGAGAAAUCUCCACCUGGAGCUCACGGAAACAUGUUUGGACAUGAUGGCAAGAUACGUGUUCUCCAACUUCACGGCGGUUCCCAAGAGGUCUCCGGUGGGAGAGUUCCUCCUGGCUGGUGGCAGGACCAAAACCUGGCUGGUUGGGAACAAGCUUGUCACCGUGACGACAAGUGUGGGGACCGGGACCCGGUCGCUGCUGGGCCUGGACUCAGAGCUGCAGCGUGGCCCAGAGUUGAGCUCUGACCACGGCAAGCGUGUGAGACAGACAAAGGAGGCGCCAGCCAAGCUGGAGUCCCAGGCUGGGCAACAGGUGCACCGUGGGGCCCGGGCCCGGGUCCGCUCCAUGUCCGGGGGCCAUGGCCUUCGUGUCGGUGCCCUGGACACCCCAGCCUCCCAUGUCCCCAGCGGUGCCCCUUCCCCGGCCUCACAGACUGCACCGGUCGGCAAGCCCGAGAAGGCUGCAGCCGGCUCCCAGACUGAUCUGGCAGCUUAUGUGCCCCUGCUGACCCAGGGCUGGGCAGAGAUCUUGGUCCGGAGGCCCACAGGGAACACCAGCUGGCUCAUGAGCCUGGAGAACCCGCUCAGCCCCUUCUCCUCGGACAUCAACAACAUGCCUCUGCAGGAGCUGUCCAAUGCUCUCAUGGCUGCAGAGCGCUUCAAGGAGCGCCGGGACACGGCCCUGUACAAGUCGCUGUCGGUGCCCGCAGCCGGCUCGGCCAGGCCCCCCGCGCCGCCCCGUGCCAACACAGGCCCAGGCUGUGCAGGACUAGGGGUGCCUGUCCGCUGCUCCACCUGUGCACAGGCCCUCCUGCUGACUGGCCGCUCGCGUCUCCCUUGCAGUGGCCUCUUUCUCCUCCCUGUACCAGUCCAGUUGCCAUGGAAAGCUGCACAGGAGCAUUUCCUGGGCAGGUGGAGCAGAGGCGGUUUCUGUGCACAGUGGAACGGGUGGGCGGGGGUUAGAGGAGCCAGACGCCGCCUCAUCCUGACUCCUGGGGGCCCUGGCUCCCCUCGACCCCCCAGCGUGCCCUCCAGCCGGCCUGAUGGGCGGGGCGGCUUAGAGUCCCCGUGGAGGAAAGCCGGAGACUCUGCGGUAGUCCCGGAGGAGGGAAGCCUGGGAGAGGCGGACUUGUCGGUGGAGCCCCCCGAGUUGGAGGACUUCGAGGCAGCACUAGGUGCAGACGGGCGCUGUCAGUGCACCGAGGCUUACAGCAGGUCGUCCUCAACCUCCAGCCAGGAAGAGAAGACGUUUCGCACAGAGGACCCGGCUGCCGGGGGCAUCCCCGUGGGGCACGCUGCCUGCUUGGAGGGAGCCCGGGCCCACACAGGCCUCUCCUUCCAGCCCUCGCAGCCCCUGAGCAAGUCAAGCUCUUCCCCUGAGCUGCAGACCCUGCAGGACAUCCUUGGGGAUCCUGGGGACAAGGCUGACGCUGGCCGGCUGAGCCCCGAAGCCAAGGCCCGGUCACAGUCAGGGCUCCUGGACGGGGAAGGCUCUGCCUGGUCAGCCCCAGGCGAAGAGAUCCGGGGCCGGGGCCCUGCCGAGCCUGAGGGUGCCUUGCCUUCCAGCUGCCCCCGCUCUCCCAGUGGCCUGCGGCCCCGUGGCUACACCAUCUCUGAUUCAGCCCCAUCACGCAGGGGCAAGAGGGUGCAAAGGGACACCUUCAAGAGUAGAGCUGGGACCUCUAAUACUGAGAAGGUGCCAGGCAUCAACCCCAGCUUUGUGUUCCUGCAGCUCUACCACUCACCCUUCUUUGGUGACGAGUCCAACAAGCCGAUCCUUUUGCCCAAUGAGUCCUUUGAGCGGUCUGUACAGCUCCUCGACCAGAUCCCGUCCUACGACACGCACAAGAUCGCUGUCCUGUAUGUGGGAGAAGGCCAGAGCCACAGCGAGCUGGCCAUCCUGUCCAACGAGCACGGCUCCUACAGAUACACGGACUUCCUGACGGGCCUGGGCAAGCUCAUCGAGCUCAAGGACUGCCAGCCAGACAAGGUGUACCUGGGGGGCCUGGAUGUGUGCGGCGAGGACGGCCAGUUCACCUACUGCUGGCACGACGACAUCAUGCAGGCUGUCUUCCACAUUGCCACCCUCAUGCCCACCAAGGACGUGGACAAGCAGUGCUGUGACAAGAAGCGCCACCUGGGCAAUGACUUCGUGUCCAUCGUCUAUAACGAUUCUGGCGAGGACUUCAAGCUGGGCACCAUCAGGGGCCAGUUCAACUUUGUCCAUGUGAUCAUCACCCCCCUGGACUACGAGUGCAACCUGGUGUCGCUGCAGUGCAGGAAAGACAUGGAGGGCCUCGUGGACACCAGUGUGGCCAAGAUCGUGUCUGACUGCAACCUGCCCUUUGUGGCCCGUCAGAUGGCCCUGCAUGCAAAUAUGGCCUCGCAAGUACACCACAGCCGCUCCAACCCCACUGACAUCUACCCCUCCAAGUGGAUCGCCAGGCUGCGUCACAUCAAGCGGCUCCGUCACCGGAUCCGGGAGGAGGCCCACUACUCGAACCCCAGCCUGCCUCUGACACAGAUGCACCCCCCAGGCCAUGCCAAAGCCUCUGUGCAGGCCGCAGCAGAGCCUGUGCCCACCUAUGAGACAGGCCAGCGGAAGCGCCUCAUCUCCUCUGUGGAUGACUUCACUGAGUUUGUGUGAGGCUGAGGGCGGUCAUGCCUGGCCCCCCUGGGCUCCCGGAUGCUGAGCGCUUGCCUGGGGCUCCAGUGGCAGCUGCCUGAGCCAGCGUGUGGCACAGGCACUGGGUGGUAGUUAUUCGUGCAGAAAUAAAAGUGCUGUGGCCGGCACCCUGACAGAGACACGGGUCACAGUCAGCCAAC